GAGGUUGGAAUCAGCAGCUUGAGCAUACUCUGCCACUACAACGUAAGAACAGUGGCCACAGUAAGAAGGAAAGUUUGUGAAGGGUGCCGUGGUGCCAGAAAGAGGCACCAAGCAGACAUUCCAGGAGAACAUGGAUGGAGCUGAAAAUCUGACGGCAUCUGACAGUAAUAAUACAUGUCAUGACACAAUUGAUGAAUUCCGAAAUCAAGUGUACUCGACUAUGUACUCUAUGAUCUCUGUUGUGGGUUUCUUUGGCAAUAGUUUUGUGCUCUAUGUCCUCAUAAAAACAUACCAUGAGAAAUCGGCCUUCCAAGUAUACAUGAUUAAUCUAGCCAUAGCAGAUCUACUCUGUGUAUGUACAUUGCCUCUCCGUGUGGUCUACUAUGUUCACAAAGGCAAAUGGCUCUUUGGUGACUUUUUGUGCCGCCUCACCACCUAUGCCUUGUAUGUUAAUCUCUAUUGUAGCAUCUUCUUUAUGACAGCUAUGAGCUUUUUCCGGUGUGUUGCAAUUGUUUUUCCAGUCCAGAACAUUAAUCUGGUUACACAGAAAAAAGCCAGGUUUGUGUGUAUUGGAAUUUGGAUUUUUGUGAUUUUGACAAGUUCUCCAUUUUUAAUGUACAAAUCUUACCGAGAUGAGAAAAACAAUACUAAAUGCUUUGAGCCUCCACAGGACAAUCAAGCUAAAAAAUACGUUUUGGUCUUGCAUUAUAUAUCAUUAUUCUUUGGUUUCAUCAUCCCUUUUGUCACCAUAAUUGUCUGCUACACAAUGAUCAUUCUAACCUUACUAAAAAAUACAAUGAAGAAAAACCUGCCAAGUCGUAGGAAGGCUAUAGGAAUGAUCAUAGUUGUGACAGCUGCCUUUUUAGUCAGCUUCAUGCCAUAUCAUAUUCAACGAACUAUCCACCUUCAUUUUUUACACAGUGAAUCUAAACCCUGUGACUCUGUCCUUAGGAUGCAGAAGUCAGUGGUCAUAACCUUAUCUCUAGCUGCAUCAAAUUGUUGCUUUGAUCCUCUGCUAUAUUUCUUUUCAGGUGGAAACUUUAGAAGAAGGCUGUCUACGUUUAGAAAGCAUUCUUUAUCCAGUAUGACUUACAUACCCAAGAAGAAAGCUUCCUUGCCAGAAAAAGGAGAAGAAAUAUGUAAAGAAUAAUUCAAACCCAUCUCCAGUGCAGAACAAUGGAAAAGAAAUUCCCUAACAAGUAUUUUUCAAACUCACAAUUUUAAAAUAGUUUCCCAUUAAUAGUUUA